AUGCGUCGCUGCACAGUAGUCCUCGCUCUGUGCUUGACGUCAAGUGCGUUUGCUGCACAGUGUGGCAAUACUACCAUUCACAGCGCUGCAGACGCCGACGCUUUGCGCAAAGCCUGCCGUGUAGUCGACGGCACCAUUACUAUUCCGCUGAGCUUGAAUGAGCUGGAGAACAUUUCUCUCGAUGGUAUUGAGGUCAUCAAUGGGGAUUUGAGAAGCUACAACUGCGGCUCUAUAUCCAUCAAACGCCGAUCAUCGACAAAUAGUUCAGUCGUAAGCUUCUCGAGCUCAACCCUCACAACUAUCCAUGGAGAUCUUGCGCUGGAUGGAUGUAUCCCAGACUUUACAAACAUUAGUUUUCCAAACCUCAAGACUAUCGACGGAGCCUUCGAUCUCGUCAAUACUGCGUCUCUGGCGUAUCUCGACAUCACCAACCUGGACUCGGUCGGCUACUUUCGCCUCCACGCCCCAACUCUUGUAACGAUGGUGCACAAGGAGCUGCGCAAUGUUACCGGAGCCCAUGGCACCAAAAAAGUUGUUGUCGAGGAGACAAGCCUUACCUCAGUUGAUAGCUUGUUUCGGAAUCCCCUCGACAUAGGUGAUUCCCCCGCCAGUAUCGGAGGGAAAACCCUAAUGUUUGAGAAUUAUCCAACCCAGACCUUGACCAAUGCGACCUUUGGGUUCGCACGGGCGGGAAGUCUGUCGAUCGAAGGCAACGGCACCUUGUAUGUGACGCUAGGUGGGCCAGAACAAACGACCAUGGCCCUUACAAACCUGACAUUCUCUCGUGGCACGGCGGGGCUCAUCCGAAAUCCUCAGCUAGCAAAUCUCACAGUGGAAACCGUGACCUUGGGUUCAUAUAACAACUUUACGGAUCUAAUGCUACCAUUUGACAGCAUGUCAAGUCUGACUAUCCUUUACGAGCAAACGUUGACGCAACUGGAAUUGCCACCGCAGGCCGUUAACUAUACCAACUUUAGCUUCACACUCUUUGGUUGCACGAAUCUGAACUUGAGCAGCCAAUUCACAACUGACCCAGAUGGGACCACUCGCCAGACAUGGUAUUGGCCACAGAAAGAUAUCAACAGUCUCUCGCUUGUAGGCAACAUUGCUACUCCUUUCUUGUAA